UCUCUAUAUCUACAUUCUUCAAUUCUCUUCUUCUUCUUCUUCUUCCUCCCUCUUAAGUUCUGAAAACAUGGGAGAAGUUAUGAUACUAAAGCUGUUAGCUGGAGUACUAGCAAUGGUUUGCUUGAGUAAUAUGGUAUUACAGGUGGAAGCAGAAGACCCAUACAGAUAUUUUACAUGGAAGGUCACUUAUGGUACAAUAAAACCUCUUGGGGUUCCACAGGAGGCAAUCCUAAUCAACGGGAAAUUUCCUGGUCCAAGAAUUGAAGCUGUAACUAACGAUAACAUCAUUAUCAAUGUCUUUAACGAAUUAGACGAACCUUUCCUCAUUACAUGGAAUGGAAUCAAGAACAGAAAAUCUCCAUGGCAAGAUGGAGUUCUCGGAACCAACUGUCCGAUACUUCCACACACAAACUUUACUUACAAGAUGCAAGUGAAGGAUCAAUUUGGAACUUUCACUUACUUCCCUUCAACUAAAAUGCACAAAGCUUCCGGUGGUUUUGGUGCAUUCAAUAUUUAUACUAGACCCCAUAUUCCCCUUCCAUAUGAUCCCCCAGCAGGAGAUUAUACUUUGCUUGUUGGUGACUGGUACACGGCUGGCCAUAAGGCACUGGCGGAAACCUUGGACGCGGGAAAACCUCUUGGUCUGCCUAAUGGAAUACUAAUUAACGGGAAACAAAACGGUCCUAAAUUUGUUGGAGAGCCAGGGAAAACAUAUAUGAUGAGGAUAUCAAAUGUUGGUUUAUCGACAUCGAUCAACUUUAGGAUCCAAAAUCACAAAAUGAGACUAGUUGAGAUUGAAGGAACUCAUGUGGUUCAAGAAUCAUACGACUCUCUUGAUAUCCAUGUUGGUCAGUCUGUUACUGUUCUUAUUACCUGCAACCAAGCACCAAAAGAUUAUUAUAUUGUUGCUUCAUCUCGAUUUACAAUUCCUGUGCUUAAAACAACUGCCCGCCUCCGUUACGCCAAUACUAAGAUUAAAGCUUCCGGUGCUUUGCCAAUCGGCCCUACUACCCAUGUUCACUGGUCAUUGAAACAAGCAAGAACAUUGAGAUGGAAUUUGACUGCAAGUGCAGCGAGACCCAACCCACAAGGAGCAUACCAUUACGGUAACAUAAAGACUGUUAGAACUCUAGUUCUGGAGAACAGUGAAGCUCUGAUUGACGGCAAAGUCCGGUACGCUAUUAACGGGAUCUCCUACGUCAACCCUGACACUCCUCUGAAGCUUGCAGAUUGGUUCAACAUUCCAGGAGUAUUUGAACUCGACUCUAUCCCAGAUAUGCCUACUCCCGGUACACCAGCUAAAAUGGGAACCCCUGUCAUUGGAACUCUUCUCCAUGAUUUCGUCGAAAUAAUCUUCCAGAACCCCGAGGGUACCAUUCAAUCUUGGCAUAUUGACGGGACUGACUUCUGGCUUGUUGGGUAA